CUCGGCAAAUUUUCUUCCCCCCCAACAAGACGAUGUUUAUACCUGAUGAUAAGACUGAACACGACAUAAGAUGGAGUUGAAAGAGAUUAUCGUUAUAUAUGCGUAAUUAAACGUAAUAGAAUAAAAGGUUAUUGGUUUAAAUGUUUCAGAGAACUUGAAAACAGGGUUAGGAACGCGUGGUGACUGCGCGCGCACGAGUCCCGGCCAAACAUUGGUCCCAGCCACAGUUACCAGCCACCGACCAUGGCUUCUAUAGUACUCAAGUCUCUCUCUGUAUUACUGGGUAUAUUCUUUAUUUUUGUAGGCACAACCAAAUUGACUCCAAAGAUCAGCAAGGAGCUCCAUAAAGAUCUCAGGAAGGAAUUCGCACGGUAUAGCAAGGUCUUCCCUCUAUCCCAGACCCUUGAGUUCAAGAUCCCCUCCAAGUGGUACCGACGGACAGUGGGUGGCUUAGAGGUCCUCUGUGGCUUUUGCCUCACUUUUAUCCCAUCCAAACGAAUCAAGCAGUGGGCAAACCUGUUGCUGGCAGUGAUGAUGCUGUUCGCCACCUACAACCAUUGGAUGGUGGGCGACAAGUUUGAGAGACUAGCUCCAUCACUGGUGUUCUUCUUCAUGCUGACAUGUAGACUGAUUGUAGAGUACCAGAUACACAGGAAGGAGAAGAUGGACAAACUGGCACCCAAAAAAACUACCAAUAACGACACAAAAGAUGCUCCCAGUACGCCUGCUUCCAGCGUGCCUCCUCUCAGCACACCGACUCCCAGUACUCACUCUGCUGUCCAACACAAUAAACUUAAAAAGGAGCUCUAGUUUCUUGACAUUUUCUUAAACACUGAAUUAGUGUUGCUUUAAAUCAGUCCUUAUUACAAGUUUGAAAAAGUUGCACAUUUACUUUCAAGACAAUUUUAAGAACUAGGGAUUAAAAAUCAAUUAAUAGAUAUUUGUCCUGAUGUAUUUUUAUGUUCCAUUAAUCUUGGUAAGCAAUACACUGACAUCAAAAGAGAUGAACACUAGUACUGGAUCCUGUAGAACAAACACACUGGCAUAAAAUACUGAUUAAUCACAUCUGUAUAUAAAUAGUUAAAUAGAAAUAUAAUUGUAUAUAGCAGGUUUUUUGAUGUGUCAGACCACCUGUGUGCUCAUUCCUGACAGUACAGUAUUAGCAACAACCAGCAUCAGAGUAACAAAGAUUACCUCAUUUCAAUGCCAAAAUAAAUAAAUAUAUAUAUACAGUAUAUUUAUUUUGUACAACACCCAUUAAGUACUGGUGUUUCUUAUCACUGUUUACAGAAUUUUAUACAAAUGUAAUUAGUUAUAAAAUUUAUUUAAUAAGGCUCACAAAUCUCUAUGGGUCAUGUUCGGAAUUUAUGAGGAAAAUAAUAAUAAUUCAUUGUGUCAAGAGACAGGCAGUCAGUGUAUAUAUACAGUCCAUGUUAGGCUUAUAUGGAGGUCCUCCCCAACGUAGAGACCAACCUCAUAAUAACUGACUGACUCCUGGGUCAGGAGCUAGUCAGAAGCUUUACUGCUAGGUGAACAGAUCAUUAGGUGGUAGGAAAUGCACCCAACCAUUUCUAUCCCACAUGGGAUUCGAACCCAGAAUUCCCGAUUGUAGAUGGUAGGAAAUGCACCCCAACUAUUUCUGUCCUACAUGGGAUUCGAACCAAGAAUUCCCGAUUGCGAGUCAAAAAUGAACCCGACUGUAAUACCGGGACCCUAUAAUGAAUACAAGAAAUGAUCCUUUAACAAGAAAGCCGAAGUGUAAGAAUUAUAUGAACACAUAUAGGGAGCCGGUUGGCCGAGCGGACAGCACGCGGGACUUGUGAUCCUAUGAUCCUGGGUUCGAUCCCAGGCGCCGGCGAGAAACAAUGGGCAGAGUUUCUUUCACCCUAUGCCCCUGUUACCUA